UUGAGUUUCAAAUUCGUUGAAUGAGCUUAUCAACAUUUUAUUAUUGUCUUCUGUACUAAAAAAAAAGUUUGAAACCCUUGUUAUGGAUCACAAUUUUGUUCAAGUUUCCCGUGUGGUGAAGAAGAACUUAUUAUUCACAUGGAAAGUAAAGAAUUUUUCUGAUUUUGAUGUCGUUGAAAAAUGUUUGGAAAGUUCUACGUUUGGAUGUUAUCAUAGUCAAUGGCAGUUAAUCCUAUAUCCCAAUACUUCACAUCCCACUCUUGCAACAGAUGCCCGGUAUAUCAGAGUAGACCUUGUCAAUUUUUGUGUGCAACCAUCCACUGGCAUUUUAGAGGCCAGAAUUGAAUUAAAACAGAAAGAUGAUUCUAAUGUUUUUUUUUGUGGAGAAGAAAACAGGUUCUAAGCUUUUUAAAAUAAAUUGUAACUCACAAACUUAUAAACCAACACUUCCUUGUUUUCUUUCCAUUUCUGUAAACAGAGAAAUGGCAUUCGAACAAAAAAGGCUUCUGUUUCCUGAGGAGGAGUUGACUAGUUUGCUGCAUGAAAAUUUUAACGACCAUACAUGAAAACAUGAAGGAGAAAAGUAAGAAGCCAUCUCAGAUUGGAGCCUUGACGUUGGCGAAAGAUUUUGAGCUCGCAUUUGUGGAGCCUCGGUUCUCCGAUGUGACGCUCAGAUUGGGCGACAAGGACUUCCCUGCUCACAAAGUCAUCCUAGCGAAUCGAUCGAAAGUGUUUGAAGCGAUGUUCAACAGUGACAUGAAGGAGAACCAGGAAAACAUCGUAGAACUGGUAGAAAUGAACCUAUCCACUGCUCAGGAUAUGCUCAAGUAUAUCUACACAGGAAGUGUCCAAGUGGUGGACAUGGACAGAGCCAUCAAUUUGUAUACUGUUGCCGAUAGAUAUGAUCUGCAAGAACUGAAAGAAUGGUGCAAGGCAUUCAUGCUGGAACACAUAACCAGUGAUUAUGUCUGUGAUGUCGCCUUGAUAGCCGAUUUACAUAACGAAGAAGAUCUUGCGAAGGUAGCAAAAUGUGUGCUUAAGAAAAAUGUUAAGUCUAUUUUGAACUCAGAGAAAUGGAAGUCUUUUGCAAAAGACAACCAAGUUCUGUACUCUACAAUGAUUGAAAGUGUUGUUCUUGAUUAAGGUCAGUGAUUUUGAACUGAUGUGAAUCUAUUUUUUAUAUGGAAAUUGUAAAAAUUGUUUUCUUUAUUCAAUUUUAAAUAUGUUUUAACU